AUGCAAGCAGACCUCAUCCAUCAGAAUAUACAGAGCGCUAGUCAGGUUCAAUUAGCUUCACGUUCCAUCUCAGACCUCAUCCAUCAGAAUAUAGAGAGCGCUAGUCAGGUUCAGUUAGCUUCACGUUCCAUCUCAGGCCUCAUCCAUCAGAAUAUAGAGAGCGCUAGUCAGGUUCAAUUAGCUUCACGUUCCAUCUCAGACCUCAUCCAUCAGAAUAUAGAGAGCGCUAGUCAGGUUCAGUUAGCUUCACGUUCCAUCUCAGGCCUCAUCCAUCAGAAUAUAGAGAGCGCUAGUCAGGUUCAAUUCGCUUCACGUUCCAUCUCAGGCCUCAUCCAUCAGAAUAUACAGAGCGCUAGUCAGGUUCAGUUAGCUUCACGUUCCAUCUCAGACCUCAUCCAUCAGAAUAUACAUAGCGCUAGUCAGGUUCAGUUAGCUUCGCGUUCCAUCUCAGGCCUCAUCCAUCAGAAUAUAGAGAGCGCUAGUCAGGUUCAGUUAGCUUCACGUUCCAUCUCAGGCCUCAUCCAUCAGAAUAUAGAGAGCGCUAGUCAGGUUCAAUUCGCUUCACGUUCCAUCUCAGGCCUCAUCCAUCAGAAUAUACAGAGCGCUAGUCAGGUUCAGUUAGCUUCACGUUCCAUCUCAGACCUCAUCCAUCAGAAUAUACAGAGCGCUAGUCAGGUUCAGUUAGCUUCGCGUUCCAUCUCAGGCCUCAUCCAUCAGAAUAUACAGAGCGCUAGUCAGGUUCAGUUAGCUUCACGUUCCAUCUCAGGCCUCAUCCAUCAAAAUAUACAGAGCGCUAGUCAGGUUCAGUUAGCUUCACGUUCCAUCUCAGGCCUCAUCCAUCAGAAUAUAGAGAGCGCUAGUCAGGUUCAAUUAGCUUCACGUUCCAUCUCAGACCUCAUCCAUCAGAAUAUAGAGAGCGCUAGUCAGGUUCAGUUAGCUUCACGUUCCAUCUCAGGCCUCAUCCAUCAGAAUAUAGAGAGCGCUAGUCAGGUUCAAUUCGCUUCACGUUCCAUCUCAGGCCUCAUCCAUCAGAAUAUACAGAGCGCUAGUCAGGUUCAUUUCGCUUCACGUUCCAUCUCAGGCCUCAUCCAUCAGAAUAUACAGAGCGCUAGUCAGGUUCAGUUAACUUCGCGUUCCAUCUCAGGCCUCAUCCAUCAGAAUAUACAGAGCGUUCCAUCUCAGGCCUCAUCCAUCAGAAUAUACAGGGCGUUCCAUCUCAGGCCUCAUCCAUCAGAAUAUAUAGGGCGCUAGUCAGGUUCAGUUAGCUUCACGUUCCAUCUCAGGCCUCAUCCAUCAGAAUAUACAGAGCGCUAGUCAGGUUCAGUUAGCUUCGCGUUCCAUCUCAGGCCUCAUCCAUCAGAAUAUAAAGGGCGUUCCAUCUCAGGCCUCAUCCAUCAGAAUAUAUAGUGCGUUCCAUCUCAGGCCUCAUCCAUCAGAAUAUAUAGUGCGUUCCAUCUCAGGCCUCAUCCAUCAGAAUAUACAGAGCGUUCCACCUCAUCCAUCAGAAUAUACAGAGCGCUGGUCAUCAGGAAGAUACAAAAGUCCAGAGAGGAUAUCAUGUUAAGAUCCCAACUUAUUUAUCUCGUGAUCACGACAUAAACGUUUUUGUUGUUGUUGAGCUGACAAGAUAAACUCUAUAACUAGGAGGGGACAUAUUGAUAAUAGAUUGACGUUGUGGCUGAGGCAUAACCCAUUGUUGUUGUUGUAGACCCGGACAAACAUACGUUAUUUUUGCCACAAUUUACCCCCUAUGCACAUUUUGCCAUUUUUACAUCUGUUUUACAGUCUCCACUGACCUACAAUGGACCCAUCUGUUUAACAGUCUCUAUAAUGUCCCCAUCUGUUUAACAGUCUCUAUAAUGUCCCCAUCUGUUUAACAGUCUCUAUAAUGGUCCCAUCUGCUGUUUAACAGUCUCUAUAAUGGCCCCAUCUGUUGUUUAACAGUCUCUAUAAUGUCCCCAUCUGUUUAACAGUCUCUAUAAUGACCCCAUCUGCUAUUUAACAGUCUCUAUAAUGGUCCCAUCUGCUGUUUAACAGUCUCUAUAAUGUCCCCAUCUGCUGUUUAACAGUCUCUAUAAUGGUCCCAUCUGCUGUUUAACAGUCUCUAUAAUGGCCCCAUCUGUUUAACAGUCUCUAUAAUGACCCCAUCUGCUGUUUAACAGUCUCUAUAAUGGUCCCAUCUGCUGUUUAACAGUCUCUAUAAUGGCCCCAUCUGUUUAACAGUCUCUAUAAUGGUCCCAUCUGCUGUUUAACAGUCUCUAUAAUGGCCCCAUCUGUUUAACAGUCUCUAUAAUGACCCCAUCUGUUUAACAGUCUCUAUAAUGGACCCAUCUGCUGUUUAACAGUCUCUAUAAUGGUCCCAUCUGCUGUUUAACAGUCUCUAUAAUGGUCCCAUCUGCUGUUUAACAGUCUCUAUAAUGGCCCCAUCUGUUUAACAGUCUCUAUAAUGGCCCCAUCUGUUUAACAGUCUCUAUAAUGGCCCCAUCUGCUGUUUAACAGUCUCUAUAAUGGCCCCAUCUGUUUAACAGUCUCUAUAAUGUCCCCAUCUGUUUAACAGUCUCUAUAAUGGCCCCAUCUGUUUAACAGUCUCUAUAAUGGUCCCAUCUGCUGUUUAACAGUCUCUAUAAUGACCCCAUCUGUUUAACAGUCUCUAUAAUGUCCCCAUCUGUUUAACAGUCUCUAUAAUGGACCCAUCUGCUGUUUAACAGUCUCUAUAAUGACCCCAUCUGUUUAACAGUCUCUAUAAUGGCCCCAUCUGUUUAACAGUCUCUAUAAUGUCCCCAUCUGCUGUUUAACAGUCUCUAUAAUGACCCCAUCUGCUGUUUAACAGUCUCUAUAAUGGCCCCAUCUGCUGUUUAACAGUCUCUAUAAUGCACCCAUCUGCUGUUUAACAGUCUCUAUAAUGGCCCCAUCUGUUUAACAGUCUCUAUAAUGACCCCAUCUGCUGUUUAACAGUCUCUAUAAUGGUCCCAUCUGCUGUUUAACAGUCUCUAUAAUGGUCCCAUCUGCUGUUUAACAGUCUCUAUAAUGGCCCCAUCUGCUGUUUAACAGUCUCUAUAAUGGUCCCAUCUGCUGUUUAACAGUCUC